UUUUUUUUUUUUUUUUUAUUAAGUCAGAGAGUAAAUCAGACCUAUGGAGGAGUCUGAUACUAAUCUGUCUGGGGAGAGGUAUCCCACGGGUAGGGUCUUCCUAGGUAUGCAAAUGGGCCGUAAGCAAUGGACCCAUACCCAUGUGGCCAAAGGGAUAAAGCUGAGCAAUUCUGUGCUUGUGGAGAAUCGAUCCCUGGUUUAGACCAACUGGACAACUAUUCCACCAAAACUAGAACUAGUAGCCCACCACCUCGUGGUUUCCAGUUAGUUACAAUAGAAUAAAGUUUAUGAAGCCAGAAACAGUAAGGUAUACAUAUCUUUUUGGCGGACGAGUUAAAUGAAAAGAGAAGCCUAUACAAAGAAGUCGAACCAUAUAUAUGAAGACAUCAUAAUAUCUGCUUAUCACGGCAUGAGGAGAAGGAAGAAGUCUAAACCGAUCUAGAAGCUUCUAAUAUGACCGUUGGGAGUGCAAAGAAGGAAAGAUUGCAUUUGUCUCUCUUUCUUUAUGUCUCUAUCUCUUGUUUCCUUAUUUGUAAUAGGGAGCCCUAGUUCGCCCACCUACUUAAGGGUGUAGCCACCAUGUCAUCAAAUUCAUCAUAUAGAGUCUCUAUUCUAUUCGAUAUUCUAAGUGUUCAUUCUCUAAAUCUCACCAAACUCUCAAUUUCUUCCACUAAAUCUAACAUGGUAUCAGAGCAUGUUCUUCGAUUUUAAUCUCAAAAAUAUUCUACUUCAUUUUCUUCUAGAUCUUAUUCUAUAAUCUUUUCUUUUGUUAAUCUCUUGGCGAAUUCUCUGAUCAUGGAAAACGCUAAGCCAACUGUCACUCCUGUCAUUCUCAAAGGAACGAACUAUUUGCUGUGGACAAGAACCUCAAGAACUGCCCUUGGAGGUCGAGGACUCUGAAGCCAUGUCGAGAUGGAAUAUGUUCCAAAACAGAUCUCUAAUGGUGAAAAGAGGGGUGCUUCCAAGGAAGAAGAAGAAGAAGAAGCCGAAAGAAAGGCGAAAUGGUUCCAAGAGGACCAAGUUGUCUUGUCUGUUCUUCAAAAUUCUCUGGAUACUCCGAUUCUUGAAGCCUACUCCUACUGCGAGACGGCUAGAGAACUAUGGGAGACGCUCAAGAACGUGUAUGGUAAUAUCUCUAACCUGACAAGAGUCUUUGAAUUUAAGAAAGCCAUCAACAAUCUCACCCAAGAAGAUCUGGAGGUUACCAAGCAUCUUGGCAAGUAUAGAGCACUUUGGUCAAAACUUGGUGCCUUAAGGCCAAGUUCUUCAGAUCCAGUGGUGUUAAACGAGAGGAAGGAGCAAGAUAAAGUCUUUGGUCUCCUCCUCACCUUGAAUCCGGCAUUCAGAGAUCUCUUGAAGCAUAUACUAAGAGCCGACAAGCUUCCCAACUUCGAUGAGAUAUGUUCUCAGAUUCAAAAGGAGCAGGGAUCUCUAGAUCUCUUUAGAGGAAAGGGAGAACUUGUUACCGCUAAUAAAGGGUAUAUAAACAAGAAGACAGGAGGGUGUGGAUGUGCAAUCACUGCAAGAAGAAGGGUCAGAUGAAGGAUAAAUGCUGGAUCCUUCAUCAUUCAUCCUCAUCUAUGUCCUAUAGAAUUCCUCAUAUAAUUUGUCUACGUCUUUGAAGUCUUGUUUUAUUGCUAGUUUGAAUAAUAUAUGGAAUGCUAGGCUAGGCCAUCCUCAUUCUCGUGCUCUUGAAAUAAUGUUGCCUAAUGUUUCUUUUGAUAAUUCAAGCUGUGAGUCUUGUAUUAUGGGAAAACAUUGCAAGUCUAUCUUUCCUAAGUCUAAUACCAUUUAUGAGCAUUGUUUUGACUUAGUACAUUCUGAUGUAUGGACUUCACCAUGCCUAUCUAGGGAUAAUAACAAGUAUUUUGUGACAUUCAUUGAUGAAAAAUCGAAAGAUACAUGGGUCACAUUGUUACCAUCUAAAGAUAGGGUGUUUGAUGCCUUUUUUAAUUUUCAAAAUUAUGUCACUAACCAUUUAAUUGCUAAGAUAAAGGUACUUACAUCAGAAAAUGGAGGUGAAUACAUAAGCCACAAGUUCAAAUCACACCUUAGAACACUUACGUGUGUUUGGCUGUGUUUGUUUUGUUUUAGUGCCCGGAGAACAGCGGAGUAAACUUGACGCUAAGAGCAACAAAUGCAUGUUUAUCGGUUACUCAACAACACAAAAGGCUAUAAAUGCUAUGAUCCAACCACAAGUCGCCUGUACGUCUCUAGAGAUGUGAAGUUCAUGGAAAAUGUGGGUUAUUUCGACAAAGAGGAUUGGAACAGUCUCAAGGAUCUAUCGGAUUCACCAAAUGAUCGAGCCUCCAGCCUAAGGUUUCUUCUUGAUCAUCUAGGCAAUCCUCCAUCAGAGACAAGAAAAACUCAAGCUGAACCACAAGCUAAACCACAACAGGCCG